UGACGCCAUUAGUGCUUUGCUGUCAAACGAAUGAAAUAUCCAAUAAAAUUUGAGCUUUUUAAAAUUAACAGGAAGUCGUCGUCUCCUAACAGACACCGAGUGAUAUCUUAUUUCGAUUUUUGGAAUAUUAUGGCUCAAAACAUUAACCCUCAUUACGCGUCUUCGUCAAAUCCCGCCAAACAGAAUGAGGACACCAUAAAAUUAAAGGAUAAUCACGCUGUGAGCAAACGAUUGCAGAAGGAGCUUAUGGAGUUGAUGCGAUGUGCAGACAAAGGAAUAUCAGCGUUUCCAGAAAGUGAAAAUCUUUUUAAAUGGAUCGGUACGAUCAACGGUCCGCUGGAGACUGUUUACGCGGGCCACAAGUACAAACUGUCCCUGGAAUUUCCAAAUUCAUAUCCUUAUGCACCACCUGUAGUAAAAUUCUUGACACCUUGCUUUCACCCCAACGUAGACGGGUGUGGAUCAAUAUGUUUGGAUAUAUUAAAAGACAAAUGGACGGCUCUUUAUGACGUCCGUACAGUUUUAUUAUCGAUACAGAGCUUGUUAGCCGAGCCCAACACACAGAGCCCCUUAAAUCAACAAGCAUCGUAUCUAUGGAACAACCAGCCCGCCUAUAAGAAAUAUUUAGAUGAAUUUUACAAUAAGCAUAGAGACUCAUAGUUCAAGUACUGGUCGGCUGAAGGAUGUUGGGUUCAAUUAUAUUUUGUGUUGUGAAUGUGAUGACUGGAUGGGUGUUGGCACGUUUAAUUCAAUUCAUAUUUGUUACAGAUUAUAAAUUCUAAGUUGACUAACUAAAGAUAUUGUUUAAGUCAAAUUGUUUCCAUUUAAUUUUUUUUUAUUUAUUGUAAACUAUUAAAUUCUGGAUCUAUUGCUUAUCACCUGAUUUUGAGGAGUGUGUAUUAAGAUCACUGACAAAUACAAUUAUUUAGUUCAA